AGAGAGAGAGAGAGGCAAGGAAUGGCAUUAAAACGUUUCUGCCAGCACAGUGCAAGGUUUCCUCUUUCGUGACGUAGGCAUGAGAGCUGUGAGGGAUGAACAACAACCACGUGAGUCUACCCUACAUAUCUUGGAGGAGCGGAGAGCCGCGCUGGUGUUCAGACAGAGAGAGAGAAGGACUGAAUUUUCGGCAUAUUCGACGGAAGUACCAUGAAUGAUAUUCCUGAAAACUUUGAGCCCAAAAAUCUGCUUGUGGAAGGUGUACGGGCAGGUCAUUUGGAAUGGGUGGAAGCCGCCUUCGCCUCCGGAGCUACUACAGACAUACAACUGGCUCAAGAUGAUAUCACAGUACCAAAUGGUUCCCUUCUGGCUCUGGCAGCGGCCCAGGGUCAUGACCAUCUGGUACCCAUCCUCCUUGGUGCUGGAGUUGAUGUGGAUGAUGGUGGAGAGUUAGGGUACACACCCCUUCAAGCGGCGGUGCAUAAGGGUCACGACAGAGUGGUUGACGAACUCAUGAAGGCACAACCAAAACGUCCAAAUGUCGACGCUCAAGAUAUAGAUGGUGUUAGCACGCUUCACAUCGCCGCCCGGAAGGACAGGGUAUACUGCGCCAAGGUCCUUAUAGAAGCGGGGGCCGAUAUAAAUGCCCGAGAUAAAAGCCUGAGAACUCCUUUACACGUCUCAGUUUAUGCCAAUUCCACGAGUAUAAUGAGGCUCCUCCUAGAUGCUGGUUGUGAUGCAAACGCCAUCAACGAUAAAGGCCUAUCAGUUCUCCAUAUUGCGGCACUGUGCGGAAACGAGAUAGCCGUACAAGAAUUGCGAAUGGCAGGAUUUGAGGCAGAUGGGAAGGAUACCAUGGGACUCACACCAGAGGACAUAGCUGAUACCUGGGGAAGUCAUGGUACCGCCUGGCUCCUUCGUAAGAUGCCCAAAGCAACAAUUACCACAAACACUAUAGAUCGUCCUUACUGCUCUGAAAUUAUGAUGCGAAGGAGUUGGGAAGAGUACGAAUUGGAAGGAAAGAAGACAUUCACUUGGAUGAGGCCAGGUAAAGCGUAUCUAUUAGAGGCUAAUACCCCAAUAAAUCGCGACCCUCACUACCAAGACGAGGCAGGUUUAACGCCAAUGCACCGGGCGGCCGAGCUUGGUUUAACUUUGAUGGUUAGGGCUCUCUCCAAUUUUACCUGUUCAUAUGCUGGAGCCGUAACCUAUGCUGGCAACACACCUGCCCAACUAGCAGAAAGGGCCGGACACACACUGCUGGCUCAAGAACUAUCAUCGAUGGCAUCGGUAAAGGAUGAUCGUUCACCACUUGAACUUUACUGGAAACUUCUCAUCACCAUUAGUACCAGCGAUGAUGUAGGAGAGGCAGGAAAGUUGUUGUCUUCAGGAGCACCACUGCACGCUACCAAAGACCUCCACACUGACGCGAUGGUCCUUGCCAUCACCUGUAACAGGCCUCGUAUAGUGACUCUCUUGGCGGCAGCAGGGGCACCUCUCACCACAAUUAGUGGAAACUUUUCUCUGCUACAGGUUGCCUGGCUGACCCCUGACGUCACUAUACGCGUCAAAGUCCUCAUCACAAGGAUUUUCCUGAACGUUCUAAAGGUUGAGCAGGAUCGUGUACAACCACAAGACUCGUUGUUGCGUAGUGGCAUCGGUCACCUGUUGGAUGGCCUCAGGAGCGACGCACCAGGCAACACUGCGUGGCCUUUCCUAGACAAAGAUUACAGUAAUUUGACGAGCUUCAUGGUGGCCGCCGCCCGCAACAACUGUCCGCUCACCGCCACUUUCCUCAAGCUGUGUGGUGGAAUGGCCUUCAAGCAGGAUGACGGAGGGACAACUCCCCUGCACGCCGCACUGGAAACCAACCACCUAGGAAUGGCAAGGGCCAUGGUGCGAAAUUUGGGGGCGUGUCCGUACGUGGCUGACUCCAAAGGGAACCUUCCGCUUAACCUCCUUCAGCCAGACAUGAAGAAACAUGUAGAGGAGGAAAUUUAUGAACACGAGAGGCACCAGAUCGAGAACUAUCAAGAAAAGGCAAAAGAUCAGGAAGAUAAAAUUAUUUACCGAGACGUUCUGGAGGUACUGGAGACUCUGUUUGCCAAACACGUUGGUUUGUCAGAAGACACUCCACCUAAACCCAUGCUGAUUCAGGCUCUUUUGGUGGCCAGUCGACGCGGCAUGCAUCUGCUGACCUAUUUGGUAAUCAAAGUGGGAGGAUUGCCCAUCAAUACGGUGGUGGAUCCCAUGCAAGAUUCCACCGCUUUACAUCAGACGGCAUCCCAUGGGCAUACGGUGUGUGUGGCACUCUUGUUGAGUCUUGGGGCGUGUACACUCCAGCAAGACCGCUACGGCCAUACAGCUGCCCACUUGGCCGCAAUGUUUUGUCACAAACUGACCUACAGACAACUUAUUAAAGAGAUGGACAAUCAAAAAUUGUUAAGCCGUGCUGGUAGGACUCACAAGCAAGUCGCACAAAGUUUUAAGGCAUACAUGAAACUUUACAACAAGAUGAAAGUGAUUGAUCCUCAAAAGACCCUCCGAUUCAACGACACAAAUGUGGCAAUCAAAGAAUUGCUCAUGGAGGAGAAUUUACGCAAAAAGUUAGAAAAUGUGGAGAAAUAUGUUGUCGACUUCAGCCAAGAAGAGGCAAUGGAAGUGAAGGAGGCCGUGUUGAAGGAAGUGGGUGCCUUGGUGGCUCAUGUGGCCAGCCAAAACAGUCUCUAUAAUGGUCGACUCGUCUUGGUUGGCAGUUCAGCAGAUAACAGCCGCCUUUACGCUCCAGACGAGUUCGACAUAAACCUAGUGGUGUCAGGGGUCGAGGGUGUCGAGGUGAGGAUGGAAGAGCUAGCUUCCCACGAGGCACUUCUUGAGGGUCACCCUCUAAGGGCACGAGUGAGAGCAAAUCACUCCGGCCUCCAGGGAAUCGCCUUCAGGAAAAACUUGUACCACUUGAUGAAGAGCUGCCUGAUGACGCGCCGCACCUGUGACUCUAGACUUAGUUACGUCCCUCCAGGACUGGAGAGGACGCAGGCAGGAGUGGCACUGAGGUUUGCGUGGCAAGGAGAGACGUUUCCGCUGCUACUGGUUAGUGUUGACGUAGUACCGGUGCUUGGUGUCCCCUGGCCGGCCUGGGUGGAGCGGCCGCCCCUCACUCCAGACUCCAUGUCGGAGGUUUUCCUCACCAAUACUGCGGAAGAUGAAUGGCGACUCAGUCUGGCGGGUGCCGAGGCAGAGGUGUUGAGUGGUCUAGACUGGGAGGACCGAGUGGUGUACGUAUCAUGUAAGUUGGUUCUUUCUUACCUGAAGGCGGAGCGGUGGAUGCCCAAGCCCAUCAAGGACUCUUUCUGUUGGUGGGACUCCCGUAAAUGGAGGAUCACGGUGCCUGCCGUGUUUGGCGUCAAGAACUGCUUCUUGAGGAUACUGGAAUCCAAACGAGAGGGGAAGUUUGAAUGGCCGCGAGACAGACUGGCAGCUGUCGCCGCUAUUCUUAAGGGAAUGUGUGCGGACUUUAAGGAUCCUACUAAUGGUCAUGAGUUCCUUGUCCCGAGAAAAGUUCAUGCUUACUUUGGGGGAGCGUUUGAGAAACCAAAGUUGGGCGAGGGCGCUCCAGCGAUCAUCGAAAGCUUUAAAAAAAAGCAAGUGAAUUACUGAGAAAGUCUUAGUGAAGUCUGGAUAGAAAAUGUUUUUUAUAAAGUGCGACUUAAGACUUUUCUUUAGUUCAUACUUCACGAAAUUAACAUGAAUAACAUGAUAUACUAAAAUGUGAAUAUGUAAGUAGUUUAGUAGUUAUACAAGUCCCCCAAAAUGUAAAGUAAUGGUAAGAUGACAUGUAGUAAUGAAAGCAUUACUAUGUUACCUUCAUAUAAAGAAGUUAUUGUCUAAUUCCUAAUUGAUGUGAUACAGUGUAUGUUGGAAAUACCACAGGAAAAUAGAAA